AUGUCGAGUUCUGAUUCAAGUUUAUCGAUUUCCGAUGAUGAAUUGGUUUUGGGUAUUUUGUGUCAUUUACCUAGACCGAGGUUAUUUAGAGAUCGAUCAAAUCCUUUGGAGGAAUAUGAUGAACAGAACCGAAAACGCCGAAGAAAGAUUAAGUACAGACUAGUAAAUAGCAGUAAAGCAUUUAGCAAUUAUUGUUAUUAUACAUAUUCAAAAUUAAAAGUUCAAACAGCUGUUGAUACAGUAUCUAGAUCAUAUGAUUUUAUCACUUUUUCUGUGAUAAACUUAAAUUUCUACACUAACCUCGGUAUCAUGUUUAAUACCAAUAUAUUUUUAUUGUACGAUUUGUGCAACCCAAACGCUUCUGUAAAAAUAUUUAACGGCUCGUUAAAACUGUUUAUUAAAUAA